AUGGAGUGCUCCCGAUACUUCGAUUGCCCUACCCAUGUCGUCGAGAGGCGGCUCUCGGGCGCAGAGGCCGACGAUAGCGAUGAGGGGGACGACGAACCAACCGUGCAGCUUCGAAUAGACGAGGACGCGGUUGGAAGUAGUUCCGGCGCAAGGCUCCAAACUAUCGAGCUCACCGCGGCCGGUGAUGCUGCAGAACCAAGAGCAAGCUAUGCGCCCGUGCCCGAGGCGACCGAUAACGUCCUACCGAUUGCAUCAGCAGAUUCAGCACAGGCAACCUCAGCACGGGAUACCGAAGGGCCUGAUGAGUCUCAGGAUCCCGAAGAAGCCGCGUCGGCACCACCAACGCCUCUGAGUUCUCGACUCUCAGAGUCCUCUCAACCUCUUCCUCCCACCGCAACGCCUGCACAGCCUACGGGAGAAUUUGCCUCUACGUCCAGCCUUGUCAUCGAGUCGAUCUCUGGAAACGGCGCCCCCGCCGCCACCUAG